AUGCCUCUCAAAAAUAUCCAAGUUAAAUUUGAUAAUAUAUUAACCAAAACAAAUAAUCUGCAAGAAGAAAAAUACGAUUUACAAACUAAAUUAACGGCCCAAGAAGUUGAAAUCACCCAAAAAAACAACCGCCUGACCCAACUAGAAAAAUUAUUCCAAGGCACGGCCAAAAUAUUCAAUAAACAACACAAUUAUGUCGACCAACUGAAACAACAAUUAGAAAAAGAAAAGCAGGAUAAAAAUAUUAGCCAAGAACAAGCCACUCAUUUAGAAGAAGAUAUUACUCGUUUGGAGCAAGAAAAAACCCAGUUAGCGGAAAAAAUCAAAGAAUUAGAAAACUUGAAUGAAGAAAACAAACGAAUAAGAGAUACUGAAAUUCAAGAUUUAAGAGAAAAAUUAACCAAUUUAGCCCAGAUAAUUGAACAAAUCCAAAGAGUAGACGAGCAGGUUUAUGCUAUUUUAGGGCAAGUUUCUCAAGCGACAGGUUUACUUCCAAGAACCCAGCAGACUUUAGAAAAAUACAAGCAAGAUAUCCAAAAAGAACAAAAUAAAGUCUCUGCUUUACAAAAUAAACUAGCAAAUUUAAGACAAGAAAUCAAAAAUCUCCAAGACCAAACCAAACUUAAUCCCGCCGAACAAGAAUUAUCAAAAUAUGGUAAAGAAACCCAAGAACAAUUAGAAAAUAGAAAUAAAGAUUUAGAGGAGAAAUUAAAAGAAGGGGAUUUGAAUGAGCAAGAAAGGAAAUUGAUGAGUUUUUUAAAAGGUGGAGAAGAUUUGGGAAUGGAUGCUCCAAUGUUUUUUGAUAAUUAUGAAGAAAUUCGGCAAAAAUUAAUCAGUUUGGCUAAAAGUGAAAUAGAAAAGUUCAAUAAUCAGCAAACUAUCACAGACUUAGCCCAAAAAAAGAAUGAAUUACAAACCCAAUUAGAUUUAGCCACAAAAACCAAAGAGGAAUUGGCCGAGGAAUUAGCAUUAGAAAAAGGUUGGUGGGAUAAGUGGAUGAAUGAUAACGAUAAUAAACAUUGGGGGGGUGUUUCAGCAAAUUAUUCUAAUGCCAAAAAAAUUAAUUUUACUUUCCUUGCAAAAACUUCAAUCCCUUCCCAACCUUCUUCUGACUUCCCUGGGUUCGAAAAAGUUGAA